CUUUAAAAUGCCUGGUUAGUAUGACAAACUGAACGGCUGAAAUUGUGGGCAAAAUGGGUUCUUCUAGACUUACUAUUUUAUUGUAUUUGUGUCAUUCAUGGAGUGAAGUGUUCUGUUCCCCGGUUGAACGUGCCUUCCAUGUGUCUGACUGGAGUGAUUCUGGGCCACUACUGCAAAAACAGAAAGGACAGACUGAACGUGAUUAUCACUUCCUUGAGAAGCCUAGUUCUAGUGCUCCUGUGAAGUCAAGUUCUUCAAUUUCCUCUCAAAAACCUGCUGUUCUGAAGGCGUACAGCUUUUUGCAAAGCUCUGUAAAAAAAGCAUAUUCUAAACAACCCAUAUCUUCCUUUCAUUCUAAGAAGCCCAACUCCCUUUCCUUUGAGAAACCCAGUUUUUCCCUUCCAUUAAAAACAAGUGCUGUGUUGUCAAAGACCAGUUCUACAAAUGGAAAACCUGGUUCCAGUGUGCCUGUGGAACACCCUUCUUAUCUCCAUUUAAAGAAGUCCAACUCUGAAAUUGAGAAACUAUGUUUUAAGUCAAUUUCUAAACCUGAGAGACCUAGUGCUCCCAUGAAAUUAAGUUAUUGCCACCUCUUUGAGAAGUCUGGCUCUAAACCUGAGAGACUUAAUUCUCCUAUAAAAAACCAUUCUAAGCUUGAAAACUCUAUUUCUCUUCUCCCAGUGAAAUCAAGCUUUUUCUUAAAGAACAGUUCUAAACCUGUGAAUCCUGGGGUUCUAAUUAAACCCAUUUUUUCACUUCCAUCUGAGAAGUCCCGUUCUAAACCUGUAAAAUUGAGUGCUCCUCUGGAACCAAGUUUCACCCUACCUUAUAAGAAUCUCAGUUUUAAACUUGAACAACCUAGCGCACCCAAGGAACACCAAUCUAAACCUGGGAAAUCUGGUGUUUCCAUGGAACCCAGUUCCUAUCACCCAUCUGUGAAGCCCAGCACUAAGCCUGAUGAAAUGGGUGUUCAUCUGGAACCUAGUACUUCCCUCUCUGAGAUGCCCAGUUCUAAACCUGGGAAACCUAGUGCUUCCAUGGAACACGGUUCCUCCCACCUAUCUGAGAAUCCCCAUCCCAGCACUAAACCCGAGAAACCUAGUGCUCCCAUAGAACCCAAUUCCACCCCAUCUGAGAUGCCUAGCUCUCUGCCCUCAGAAAAACCCACAUCUAAAGCUGAUCAUCCUAGUUCUCCUUUGGAACCUAGUUCUUCCCACCCAUCUGAGAAAUCAAGUAUACCUCUACAACCUAGUUCCCCCCUCCCCACUGAGGAACCCAGUACUCCCACGGAACCCAGUUCCUCCUCAUCUGAGAAGUCUAGCUUUCUUCCCUCUAAGAAACCCAAUUCGAAAUAUGAACAAUCUAGCACUCCCAUGGAACACACUUCUACACCUGGGAAACUUGGUGCUUCCAUGGAACCCAGUUCUUCACUCCCAUCUGAGAAGCCUAGCACUAAGCCUGAGAAUCCCAGUACUCCCAUGGAGCCCAGUUCCUCCCCAUCCGAGAUGUCUAGCCCUGUGCCUUCUGAGAAACCCAAUUCUAAAUCUGAACAUCCUAGUGUUCUUAUGGAGACCAGUUCCUCCCACCCAUCUGAGAAGCCCAGCACUAAACCAGAGAAACUUGGUGCUUCCAUGGAACCCAGUUCUUCACUCCCAUAUGAGAAGCCCAGCACUAAACCAGAGAAACUUGGUGCUUCCAUGGAACCCAGUUCUUCACUCCCAUCUGAGAAGCCUAGCACUAAGCCUGAGAAUCCCAGUACUCCCAUGGAGCCCAGUUCCUCCCCAUCCGAGAUGUCUAGCCCUGUGCCUUCUGAGAAACCCAAUUCUAAAUCUGAACAUCCUAGUGUUCUUAUGGAGACCAGUUCCUCCCACCCAUCUGAGAAGCCCAGCACUAAACCAGAGAAACUGGGUGCUUCCAUGGAACCCAGUUCUUCACUCCCAUCUGAGAAGCCUAGCACUAAGCCUGAGAAUCCCAGUACUCCCAUGGAGCCCAGUUCCUCCCCAUCCGAGAUGUCUAGCCCUGUGCCUUCUGAGAAACCCAAUUCUAAAUCUGAACAUCCUAGUGUUCUUAUGGAGACCAGUUCCUCCCACCCAUCUGAGAAGCCCAGCACUAAACCAGAGAAACUUGGUGCUUCCAUGGAACCCAGUUCUUCACUCCCAUCUGAGAAGCCUAGCACUAAGCCUGAGAAUCCCAGUACUCCCAUGGAGCCCAGUUCCUCCCCAUCCGAGAUGUCUAGCCCUGUGCCUUCUGAGAAACCCAAUUCUAAAUCUGAACAUCCUAGUGUUCUUCUGGAGACCAGUUCCUCCCACCCAUCUGAGAAGCCCAGCACUAAACCAGAGAAACUUGGUGCUUCCAUGGAACCCAGUUCUUCACUCCCAUCUGAGAAGCCUAGCACUAAGCCUGAGAAUCCCAGUAUCCCAUGGAGCCCAGUUCCUCCCCAUCCGAGAUGUCUAGCCCUGUGCCUUCUGAGAAACCCAAUUCUAAAUCUGAAUAUCCUAGUGUUCUUAUGGAGACCAGUUCCUCCCACCCAUCUGAGAAGCCCAGCACUAAACCAGAGAAACUUGGUGCUUCCAUGGAACCCAGUUCUUCACUCCCAUCUGAGAAGCCUAGCACUAAGCCUGAGAAUCCCAGUAAUCCCAUGGAGCCCAGUUCCUCCCCAUCCGAGAUGUCUAGCCCUGUGCCUUCUGAGAAACCCAAUUCUAAAUCUGAACAUCCUAGUGUUCUUAUGGAACCCAGUUCCUCCCUCCCAUCUGAGAAGCCUAGCACUAAACCUGAGAAUCCCAGUAAUCCCAUGGAGCCCAGUUCCUCCCCAUCCGAGAUGUCUAGCCCUGUGCCUUCUGAGAAACCCAAUUCUAAAUCUGAACAUCCUAGUGUUCUUAUGGAACCCAGUUCCUCCCUCCCAUCUGAGAAGCCUAGCACUAAACCUGAGAAUCCCAGUACUCCCAUAGAACCCAGUUCCUCCCCAUCUGAGAAGUCUAGCUCUUUGUCCUCAGAAAAACCCAAUUCUAAAGAUGAACAUCCUAAUUCUCCUUUGGAACCUAGUUCUUCCCACCCAUCUGAGAAGCCCAGCACUAAGCCUGAUGAAAUGGGUGUUC